AUGUAUCUCUCAUCGAUCCUGCCCCUCGUCUCGCUGGCCACUCUCGCCUUCUCCAGCCCAACAAUUCAUAACAACAAACUCGAAUCGAGAGACGUCCCCUCCGGCGCGUUUGCUCCCUCAAGCAAUGGCCAAUGGAUACCAGCCAGCACACCAGCACCCACACACCAAAGACUGGGCCAUGCAAUCGUGCAAAACAACUGCCAUUUCCCCAUCUACAUCUGGUCCGUGGCCUCUACGGUCUUACCCGUGCGAACCAUCCUCCCGAACGACCAAUAUAGGGAGCUCUUCCGCGAGAAUCCCGACACUGGUGGCAUCGCAGUCAAGAUCAGCACCAACCGCGAUGGGCUGUACACCAGUGCCCCGCAGAUGAUCUUUGCGUACAACCUUUCCUCUUCAAAAGAACAGGGUCAGAGACAGGAUAAAGUGUGGUAUGAUCUCUCCGAUGUCUUUGGUGAUCCGUUUGUGGGGUACACGGUGACUCUUAGACCUGCUGAGCCGGCCAUUUGCUGGAGAGCCGGGGUUCCACCUGCUGGGAGUCAAGUGAGGGUUGUUGAUUCUUCGACGGAUUUGGUCUUGUCGCUGUGUGGAGACCUGUAG